UUUAACAUCUGUCACGGUUGAAAAUAACACAGCCCUUCUUCACAUAAAUAGAAAAUUUCUCAAACAGUACCCCAAAAUUUUAAAUUGUCUUUACCGGAAAAUCAAUCAAAUGAAACUCAAAUUCAAAUUUGAAGAUUUUCUCAAGUAAUCAAAAUUCUAUUAUUACAAAGUUUCGAGCCUUGUUUUAGCGAGCCUGUGUUUACAUCUUUUGAAAAUAGUGCCAAAAUAAAGUGUUUUACUCAAACACACAUGCACCAAUAGUCUUAUUGUCGUUGAUGUCAAAAUAGUUGUCAAAUGUCAAAAAAUUGUGUGCUGGUCUUGCUUUUAGGCAUUGUAGCCCUAAAUUUGCUCUAUUUAAGUCGGUUAAGUUUCACCGAUUUUGCCCAAAAAAUCAAGAUAAAACGCUAUUUGGUUGAAACUCCAAAAUGCAAAAUUUUGGACGUUCCCCCUUUUUACCCUCAAGUCUGGAAAUUCUACCACCGGGAAGAAUACAAACCAUGUGGCCCUUCUGACCUUUUGACUUAUGUCACGGUUAAUAAUAAUACAGCUACCCUUCAUGUCAAUGAAGAAGUUGUCAAGAAAUACCACAAAAAAAUUGUGUGUUUUUACCAGAACAUUGAAGAUUUUGAUUUUAGAUUCCCACCUGAGGAUCACCUCAAUCAACCCGGGUUUACACUUUUUGAAACUAGUGUUGAAAUUGAUUUCGAUUUUGUUUCGGUAAUUUGUUUGAUGGAAAAUAAAGUGUUUUACUCAAACACACAUGCACCAAUAAUCUUGCAAGAAAACAUAAUUGAAAGACAAGAAUUUAUGAAACACCAAAAUGAAGCUUUCAGUGUUUUAAUCAUCGGUAUUGAUAGCAUGUCACGUCUGAAUUUUCUCCGUUCUCUCCCUGAAACUCACUUAUUUCUCAAGAGAAACAAUUGGAUUUCCUUGAAGGGUUACAAUAAGGUUGCUGAUAACACCCACCCUAACCUUAUGGCCCUUUUGACCGGCUUAGACGAAUACGAGUCGGAGAAAAAAUGUGGUGAAAACCUAACCAACUGUCCUUUGCUUUUAUCCGAGUACCACAACCUAGGCUACGCUACGGCUUACGCCGAAGAUGAACCUUGGUUGGGCAAUUUUAUUCGAAAUCAUGACCACCCCCUCAUCGACUACUACUUCUGGCCCUAUUUCAGGAUUAAUCAAAAAUUAACAACGCGAAAAAUCGACGGGAUGAAUUUCUGCACAGGACCCGAAAAUACCGGUGAACGAGUUCUAAACUUGGCCAAAAAUUUCGCCAAAAUUCUCCAAAACCGGCCCAGUUUUGGUGUUUUCUGGAUGAACAGUUUUAGCCACAGUAAUCUCAACUUGGCCUCCAGUAUGGACACAAAAAUUCGGGAUUUUUUCGCAAAUAUUAGCGAUUCUGGAAGCUUGGAAAAGACCUUUGUGUUUUUUUUGAGUGAUCACGGAUUGCGUACUGGCCCUUUUCGUCAAACUCCUUUGGGUUGGUUUGAGGAAAGACUACCGUUUUGCUAUAUUUUGGUUCCGGUGAAAUUUCGGGACAAGUUUCGUCGACAAUAUCACAAUCUUCAGCUUAACAUUAAUCAGUUGACUUCGCCAUAUCAUCUCUAUGUGACCCUCCAAGACAUUCUAGUCUUGUCAAAACAGAAUUAUAAGAUUAAGUCGAGUCAAGGGUGCUCGAAAUGUCAAUCUUUGUUUGACAGUUUUGAAGAUAGAUCUUGUCAAGAUGCAGGGAUUGAUCCUCAUUGGUGCACGUGUCAUACUUACCCGUCGAUUAUAAAACAGUCAAUUCUUGCCCAAAAUGCUUCAAAAUAUGUCCUACGAUACAUCCAUACCAAAAUUUUGCACCAAAACGGUGCCAGAAAAUGUUUGAAAUAUCGAAGAGCCAAAAUCAUCUCAACGAGAAUUUCAGACGAUCAUAAAUACAUUUUAUUGAUUUUUGAAACUAGUCCGAAAGCUGUUUUUGAAGCCACUGUGUUGUAUCAGCCGGGAAGUAAGCAAACUUUUAGUGUCAAGGGCGAAAUUAGUAGACUUGACAGAUACGCCAAGCACAGUUACUGUACCAGCAAUCGUUUGUUAAGAAAACUUUGUUAUUGUCGUUGAUGUUUUUUU